AUGAGCAAUCACUCGAAGGUAUGUUUUUCUGUGUUACUCUCCGAAACAUUAGACCUGGUGGUUGUAAUGGGAUACAACUUGCAAAUGAUUAUAUUUAUUGUCGGAUCGUAUGACCUUUAUUAUCGGUUAUUGCAAAUAGAAUUUUUUGAACUCAUCCGUGGAAUUGGUGAAGCCAAAUCCAAGCAGGAGGAAGACAAAAUCAUCCUCCGAGAAAUGGCUACACUGAAAACAGGAAUGGAAAACCCCAAAGUUACUCUAAAAAUGAUGAAAGAGUACAUGGUCAGACUAUUGUAUUGUGAGAUGCUUGGGCAUGAUGCUUCGUUCGGAUACAUCAACGCUAUCAAAUUAACUUCGAGCAAGGAUAUGCUGGAAAAGAGAGUGGGCUAUUUGGCAGUUACGUUGUGUCUACCUCCUGAGCAUGAAUUACUUCUCUUGUUGAUUGCAAACCUUCAAAAUGACAUGAAGUCUACGAACUUCGUUUCAGCAUGUUGUGCUCUUACAGCAGCUGCUAAGGUUGUGAACGAAGAAACCAUACCUGCAUUACUUCCUCAAGUUCUUGAGCUGAGAAAACAUGCUAAACCCAUUGUAAGAAAGAAGGCUAUUUCUACACUUCACAGAUUCUAUCAAAUAUCUCCUUCAUCAGUUCCUGAUAUUAUUGAAUACGCUAAAGACGCCAUGUGUGAUCGUGAUCCUUGUGUUAUGGGUGCGUCUUUGUGCCUGAUUUAUGAUCUUUUAUGUGCUCCAGAAAAUGUUAGACAGCUCAAAGAUUUAGUUCCUGGAUUUGUUGCUAUUCUAAAGCAAAUAAUUGAGAGAAGAUUAUCUAGAGAUUAUGAUUAUCACAGGCUUCCUGCACCGUGGAUUCAAAUCAAACUUUUGAAAAAUAUUGCGUUACUUUGCGCUGAUGAUAGAUCCACAUCUGAGCUUGCAUAUGAAGUACUUCGUGAAGGAAUGCAAAGAGCUGACACAGGACUCAAUAUUGGCCAUGCUGUUGUUUUUGAGUUUGUAAAAACAAUUACAACUAUUUAUCCAAACAAUUUGCUGUUGGAAAGUGCAGCCAGCGCCAUUUCCAGAUUUGUAACAAGCUCAAAUCACAAUUUGAAAUAUCUUGGAAUUCAAGCUUUGACCCAAAUUGUCAAAAUUAAUCCAAAAUAUGCCAUUCAACAUCAAAUGGUGGUGAUUGACUGCCUUGAAGACACUGAUGAAACUUUGAGAAGAAGAACAUUAGAAUUGCUAUUCACAAUGACAAAUUCAAAUAAUGUUGUUGUUAUUGUAAAGAGAUUGUUGGAAUUUGCUAGAAAAUCUAUUGAUUCCCAUAUGAGAAAAGAAUUGAUAGAAAAGAUCUCGAUUUUAGCUAAAAAUUAUUCUCCAAACAUAUCUUGGUAUCUUGAUACCAUGAAUAUGUUGUUCGAAAUUGAUCCUCAAUACAUUCCACAAGAAGCUCUUCAAAAUAUGAUGAGCGUAAUUGGAGAAGGAGUUGGAAUAGAUGAAGAUGAUGAGGAAAUGAGAAGCCAUUGCGUUGAGACUUUUUGUGAUGUGAUUGACUCAAAGAAUGUUAUUCACGAUCUUCAUAUUCAAGUUAUUGCGUGGGUCCUCGGAGAAUACAGCUAUAUGAACGCCAACUAUGACUCAUCUGACAUUCUCAGCAAGCUUUGCGAUUUGGUCGAUCGUCAAUUGGAAUUUGAAGAGACCAGAUGUUGGAUAAUUACAGCCAUGACUAAAAUUGUCGCUCAGUGUAAAGUAGCUUCUCAUGAGGUUGUUGAAUAUGUCAGAAAGUACAAGGAUUCAAAGAAUGUAGAUUUACAACAACGCUGUUACGAAUUCCUUGCCCUUGUAAAUGCUUGUGAAAGAAAUAGCUGGGAAGAAAUUAUGGACAGUGUUUUACCUCUUGACGGAGCGUAUGAGGACAUUGAGGUUGAUGUUGAUCUGUCUUUUGCCCAAGAUUAUGUAAACGUUUUGGUCAGAAAAGGAUCAAGAAAGUACUUGAACAGUGAAGAAAAGAAGGUCUUGCUCACAGAAAACGCCAAGCCUGUCAAACGUACCGGACUCGUGGUAAACGCCUAUCCAACGGUUAAAGCAACUCCAAAUCCUGUCUCCACUUCAGGAAUAGUUUCAACAACGCCUAUUGAUAUUGCUUCUCGCGCCCUUUCUGGAACUAAUAACACAACUGAUAUCAGCACAUCUCUUCCAAAGAAGCAAGGAAAAGGAAGAUGGGUAAAUGAGAGUGAAAUUGAAGAAGAACCAGUCAAAAUUUCAACUCCUCCAACAACCGUGACUGAGAAUGUAUCAAAACAAACGUCUGUGGUGACAUCACCCUCCUCUGAAAGUCAUCACAACGAGGUUCAUAAGCCACCUGUCACCAUUUCAACAGCAGAAGCCAAAAGAAAGCAAAAAUACCAAGAUCUUUUUGUUACUGAUUCAAGUUCAACUGCUACUACUAAGGUAUCAACUCAACCUAAAAAGACUGCUCCAAAACGAAAGACAUCAAAGGGCCCAACCUCUAAACCUGUUCUACAACAAACAACAAUUGAGCCAACAACAGUUCAGCAACAGCCUAUUUCUGUGGAUGACAUUUUCAACGAUAUGGUGAUGACUUCGAAUCCUGUUCCUCAAACUGCACAUUCUGUUACACCACCAAAGUCUACAAUUAAUGAGCUUGAUGAAUUUUUCAGCAUGACUACUACUGCUCCAUCGGUCACCACUGUGACUACACCACAAACUACUCAAGAUUCAUUCUUUGAUCAAAUUCUUCAACCAAGCAAACCAGUUGCUCUUCAACCAGUUCCAAUAAUUAGAUCAAAUGAAACUAUGGUACCACAAUCAAAGAACAAGCGAACCAGUUACAUGAUUCAGCAAUUAACGUCUUCACAUAAUAGUGCGUUCUCAGAUUUGGUUCAGUUAGUCCGAGAUGAUCGUGUAUUGGUCGAGUACAACAAGUUUUGGAAGUCUGAUUCUUUAAUUGUUGCCUUAGUGUUGUCCACAGACAGAGGUUUUGUGCUUCCACAAAUCAGUUGCCAGUUUUCGCCACCGUCUGCCUUUGCAAUGACUAUUCAAUCCGAUGUAGAAUCUAAACAAAAACCAAAUGGUCUUACAUUUAACUCAUUAGAUACCACAAGACCAAUUUCUGUAGCUAUUACUCUAACCCCAACGGAUAUUGUUAUGGGAACUCGUCUUGUUGGACAAGUUGCUUAUUCAAAUGAGCAAAAUUUUGCCAGCUAUUUGAAUGUUAAUAUUCCAAUUGACACAAUUGAUAUCAUAACUGAAUAUCCUGAUUUUGGAUCCACAUCUCAAUUUGCAGAAGGCUGGAGAAAAUAUACUCAAGAAAAAAAGAAUCUUGUUAAGCUCACAGGUUCAUUCGACAUCAAUAGAUGUAUUGAUACUUUAAAGCAAAAAGCAAAGGUAUCCGUUAUCCAAAUUAUUGAUAUGGAGGUCAUUGGUGUUUGUAGAGUUGUUGGAAGAAGUGAUGUAAUUUUGAUUCACAGCAAAUUUAACGCUACAGCCAAUAGUGGAACCAUCACAGUUAGAACAGCAGAUAGAACCUUGACUGAAAACGUUUCAAGACUGAUUUCCUCAAUAUUCUAA